AUAAUAGCCGCCUGUGGUGACUGGUCGUCAGUGUUACAUAAAUUUUCAACACUGCUUUCUUCGUUAUUUCCCACCUGGGUUUCUAUUUCUUUACGCUCUUUCUUUUUCUAAAGAUAGGCAUGGGCUUCUUCAUGUCCUUACCUUACAUUUUCUUGGCCCCCCAUCCAAGUCAAUUCUCUACUUCUGAGUUAUAGCACAUUUUAGCUCUCAAAAUCUUGACAUAAAUUUCAUUCGAAGAAGAAAUUUAAUCGGUUAUUUACAAGUAUGAAGUGUUUUUACAUGUUCAAGAAAGAUAAAAAACCAGAGAAUUUGCCAUGUGAUAACGGAAUAGUGAAGCCCAAAAGUGUUGUGUCAUCGCCAAGGAGUGUUCUUGAUAUGUACAAAGAGAAAGAACACAAUUUAAGAGUGUUCUCUUUUGAAGAACUCAGAGAAGCAACCAAGAAUUUUAACAGGUUGUUAAAGAUUGGAGAGGGUGGUUUCGGAAGUGUUUAUAAAGGUUCUAUCAGGCUUGCAGAUGGAGUGGGUGAUCCCUGUGUGGUUGCUAUUAAAAUGCUUAAAAAGGAUGGAUUGCAGGGGCAUAAAGAAUGGCUUAAGGAGGUCCAUUUUCUUGGAAUUGUGGAUCACCCGAACCUGGUAAAGCUUUUAGGAUACUGUUCUGAAGAUGGACAAACAGGGAUUCAACGGUUAUUGGUGUACGAGUACAUGCCACAGAACAGCCUGGAAGCUCACAUUUUUAGCAGCGCUUUGCCACCUCUUUCUUGGGAAAGAAGAUUACGAAUUAUGCUAGGCGCGGCUGAAGGCUUGGCUUAUCUCCACAAUGGAUUGGAUGUCCCGGUAAUAUAUCGAGAUUUUAAAUCAUCCAAUGUGCUCUUGGACGGGGAGUUCAAGCCUAAACUUUCAGACUUUGGUCUUGCCAGGGAAGGCCCUACUGGGAGCAGAUCUCAUGUAUCCACAGCACCUGUUGGCACUUAUGGUUACGCUGCUCCAGAAUACAUUGACACUGGCCGCCUUGGUAAAUAUUGUGACGUGUGGAGUUUUGGAGUCGUGCUCUACGAGAUUCUCACUGGUAGAAGAGUGUUGGAAAAAUAUAGACCACGCGAUGAACAGAAGCUUCUGGAAUGGGUGAAACAAUUCCCCUAUGACAGCAAGAGGUUUAGCAGGAUCAUUGAACCCCGAAUCAGCGAUCACUACUCUCUGAAUGCAGCUAGGCAAAUGGCAAAAUUGGCUGAUAGCUGCAUGCUCAAGAACCCGAAAGAUCGGCCAACAAUGAUUGAGGUGGUGGAGAUUUUGAAACAAAUCAUACAAGAGUCUGAGGGAGUAGUUUAAGCAUCUUGGGUAGGCCUGUAAAUGGAUCGGAUAUCCGAUCCGACCCGAUCCGAUCCGUGGUUAAAUAAAUGGAUAUGGAUCCUUAUUAAAAAAAUCCGAUCUGCUAAUAAUCCGAUCCGAUAAUAAUCCGGUCCGAUAAAGAAUGGAUAUGGAUAUGGUCAAAUCCAAUCUGUUAACGAUCCGAUCCGAUUCAUGCUUAACUAUAUUAUAUAUUAUAUAUUAUAUA